AUGUCGUUCGCUGGCAGACGUAGGGGCAACAAGGUCAAAAAGGGUGUUCAGUUCACGGUCAUGGUGGUCGGUGCCUCUGGCACUGGCCGUACCACUUUCGUGAACACCCUUUGCGAGUCUGAAGUCCUCCAACACAAGGUCUGCGACUCUCCCGAGACCGCUCACGUCGAGGAGGGCAUUAGGAUCAAGCCCGUCAACGUCGAGCUUGAGGAGGACGGUGUUCGCAUCGCCCUGACCAUUGUUGACACCCCUGGAUUCGGUGACAACAUUGACAACGAGUUCGCCUUCCAGGAGAUCGUUGGCUACCUCGAGCGUCAAUACGAUGACAUUCUCGCCGAGGAGUCUCGUAUCAAGCGUAACCCCCGCUUCAGGGACAACAGGGUGCAUGCUCUCCUCUACUUCAUCUCUCCCACUGGCCAUGCCCUGCGUGAGAUCGACAUUGAGUUGAUGCGCCGCCUGUCUCCCCGCGUCAAUGUCAUCCCUGUCAUCGGUAAGGCCGACUCGCUUACUCCCAGCGAGCUUCGUGGCUUCAAGAAGCGGAUUAUGGAGGAUAUCGAGUACUACGAUAUCCCGGUGUACAACUUCCCGUACGACAUUGAGGAGGACGACGAGGACACGAUCCAGGACAACAGCGAGCUCCGCGCCUUGAUGCCGUUCUCCAUCAUCGGUUCUGAGGAGGAAAUCGAGAUCGACGGCCAGCCCGUCCGUGCUAGGAUCUACCCAUGGGGUAUUGCCGAGGUUGACAACCCCAAGCACUGCGACUUCAGUCGCCUCCGGGGCGCUCUGCUCAACACCCACUUGGCGGACCUCAAGGCACUGACCCAUGACGUGCUCUAUGAGACGUACCGUACUGAGAAGCUCUCCAGGACUGUCCACUCCGAUACUCAACCCAACAGGGACUCGUCGAUCCUUCCCGAGGAGCUUGCGAGCCAGAGCGUCCGUCUCAAGGAGGAGCAGCUCCGUCGGGAGGAAGAGAAACUGCGCGAGAUCGAACUUCGGGUCCAGCGCGAGAUCAACGAGAAGAGGCAAGAGCUUUUGGCAAAGGAAGAGUCGCUCAGGAAUCUCGAGAGCCGCCUCGCGGCUCAAGGCUCACAGUCGGAGUUCCGCGACUGA